CCUCAACCUCGGUAGUCCUUCUCCCACCUACUCUCACUCCUUACCAACUAUCACAAUUGACUGACCAGCUAUUCGACCAGCUGCUCUCAAUAAUUUGGAGCGCCUGUAUAAUUCACAUUGGUUGUAUCGAGUGCUAUUCCAGGCCGUCUGGCCUGAACCUCGCGUUGACAUCAUGUGGAAGCCGUCGGAGAGUCUGAUGAACACCAUCAGACAUUAUGCCAGCUUCCCUGCUACUGGUGUCUCUCUCCGGCAGAUGGUGCAGUUUGGAGAUAGGCCCUCCACAGGCACCCUCUUUCGCGCCUCACAGUUCCUUUCCGAAGAACUCCCAAUACGUCUCGCCCAUCGGGUCCAGGAUCUUGGAGAACUUCCAGAUGGUCUCAGUGAAAUGCCAUCUAUCAAGAAGGUCCAGGACUGGUACGCACAGUCGUUCGAGGAGAUCAUCAACCUCCCUCGACCAACUCUGACCCAGGAAGUCAAAACUCGUCUGCUUCGUCCGGGGAGGCUCAACGGAGGCCCUUCGAGGAUCCUCUCCGAAACAACACAGAACCCUAGCAUCCGUGAAGGACAAUACCGCUCGUCUCCCUCGUCCCUGUUGAACGGCAACGGCAACGGCAAAGGCGCCGCCGUGGGCCGAAGAUACUAUGCUCCUUCUGAUGACCAUGGAGAUUGGCCCCCGGAACUGAAUGAUUACAAUGAACGCUUCGCCAAGACUUUGCAGCAUAUCAAGCGGAGACACGACAGUGUUGUCACUACCGUGGCUCAAGGUAUCCUUGAAUGGAAACGAAAGCGCCAACGUCUGCAGAUUGAUUCCACCGUACAGUCCUUCCUCGAUCGGUUUUACAUGUCCCGGAUUGGUAUACGAAUGUUGAUCGGUCAACAUAUCGCUUUAACGGAACAAACGCAUGUGCGACAACCAAACUAUGUCGGUAUCAUCUGUACGAAAACCAAUGUGCGCGAGGUAGCCCUUGAGGCUAUCGACAACGCUCGCUUCGUCUGUGAGGAUUACUAUGGUCUCUUUGAUGCACCCAAAGUGCAACUUGUCUGCAAGGAAGAUCUGAACUUCAUGUAUGUUCCGGGUCACUUGUCCCAUAUGCUCUUUGAAACCCUGAAGAACUCCUUGCGUGCUGUCGUGGAAGCCCACGGCGCAGACAAGGAUGCCUUCCCGGUCACCAAGGUCAUCAUCGCAGAGGGCAAAGAAGACAUUACUAUCAAGAUUUCCGACGAAGGUGGUGGCAUCCCUCGCUCCGCCAUCCCCUUGGUCUGGACGUACAUGUACACUACCGUAGAGCAAACUCCUAGCCUGGAUCCCGACUUUGACAAGAGUGACUUCAAGGCUCCCAUGGCCGGUUUUGGUUACGGUCUGCCGAUUAGUCGACUGUAUGCUCGCUACUUUGGUGGCGAUCUGAAGCUGAUCAGUAUGGAAGGAUAUGGCACUGACGUCUAUCUCCAUCUCAACCGGCUCUCUUCGAGCUCGGAGCCCCUGCAAUGACAAUUACCAGUCAUGAGGGAUGGUCGUGUCCGAUUCUCCACUUCCCACCGACUGCAUCCUUUCUACACAGAACCGGAUCCGCCACCAUCCCAAGGAUUGACGCCGAUGAACAUUCAAAGCGCGCGGAUGCGCAAUCGGGAAGUUUCCGAACG